CGGCGGUGCUGUCCCGCGCCGCUCGCAAAAACUACCUUGCCCACAUGGCCUCGCGCCCGGGCGCAUGAGCUCUCCGCCGCCUCAGCGCAUCUAUUAUGCUGCCUUGCCGAGGCUAAAAAGAAGAGCAACUGGAGGGGACUAUCGGGCAAACGUUGCUGGAGCCGCCGGGGCAAAAGUCAGGCAAGGACUUUGAUUAUUUGGACUAGACUGACCUGGGAGUGGUAUGAGAGGGGCCCUGCCCUUAAGAGCUUUACGGUUGCAUGGUUGGACCCUGGAAAUGGGAUGUCCAUCCCAUUCAGGGAACAUAAAGGAAGAAAGAAAAUCUCCUAGCUGGUGCUGCAGCUUCCGCAACCGGGAGUGAGAUCCAGAGGUGGGAACAUGUCGGCGGUCACCUCAGCGAUCCAGGCUCCUCAGGGCCCUGUCAAUCCACCGCCCCCAGAAGUCACCAACCCCAACAAGCCCGGGCGGAAAACCAACCAGUUGCAGUACAUGCAAAAUGUAGUGGUGAAGACCUUGUGGAAGCAUCAGUUUGCUUGGCCCUUCUACCAACCCGUGGAUGCAAUUAAGUUGAACUUACCAGAUUAUCACAAAAUAAUCAAAAACCCGAUGGACAUGGGGACGAUCAAGAAGCGGCUGGAACAUAACUAUUACUGGAGUGCCAGUGAAUGUAUGCAGGAUUUCAACACAAUGUUUACAAACUGUUAUAUUUACAACAAGCCCACUGAUGACAUCGUCCUCAUGGCUCAAGCCCUGGAGAAGAUUUUUCUGCAGAAAGUGGCCCAGAUGCCUCAGGAGGAAGUUGAAUUGUUACCGCCGGUUCCAAAAGGCAAAGGUCGCAAGCCAGCAGCAAGCGGACAAAGUGCAGGAGCACAGCAGGCAGCAGCCGUGUCCUCUGUCUCCCCGCCGGCCCCUUUCCAGAACGUCCCUCCCGCCGUGUCGCAGACGCCGGUUAUCGCUGCUACGCCAGUGCCAACCAUCACUGCAAACGUCCCGCCUGUCACUGCCCCUCCCGCCGCCGCUCCCCCUCCUCCCGCCGCGCCGAUCAUGCCGGUGGUUCCUCCGACGCCACCGGUAGUCAAGAAAAAGGGAGUGAAGCGAAAAGCAGACACAACCACACCCACCACGUCCGCCAUCACUGCCAGCCGGAGCGAGUCGCCCACGCCGUUGUCCGACCCAAAGCAGGCAAAAGUGGUCGCACGGCGCGAGAGCGGCGGCCGACCCAUCAAACCACCAAAGAAAGACCUCGAGGAUGGGGAGGUCCCGCAGCAUGCGGGGAAGAAGGGCAAACUCUCUGAGCACCUCAAGUACUGUGACAGCAUCCUCAAGGAGAUGCUGUCUAAGAAACACGCUGCCUACGCAUGGCCCUUUUACAAGCCUGUCGAUGCAGAGGCCUUGGAAUUACAUGACUAUCACGAUAUUAUCAAACACCCUAUGGAUCUCAGUACUGUUAAAAAAAAAAUGGACAGCCGGGAGUACCAGGAUGCUCAGGGCUUCGCAGCGGAUAUUCGGUUAAUGUUCUCUAAUUGUUACAAGUACAAUCCUCCAGACCAUGAAGUUGUAGCCAUGGCCAGGAAGCUCCAGGAUGUCUUUGAGAUGAGAUUCGCAAAGAUGCCGGAUGAGCCUGCGGAGCCACCCCCACCUCCUCCUCCAACGGCACCGGUGGUGAGCAAAAGCACGGAAAGCAGCCACAGCAGCGAGGAGAGCUCGUCAGACUCGGACACGUCCGACUCUGAAGAGGAGCGAGCAACCAGGCUGGCUGAGCUCCAGGAGCAGCUGAAAGCCGUCCACGAGCAGCUUGCAGCCCUGUCCCAAGCACCAGUGAACAAACCAAAGAAAAAAAAAGAGAAGGAGAAAGAGAAGAAAAAGAAAGACAAGGAUAAAGAGAAGGAAAAAGAGAAGCACAAAGUGAAAGCAGAGGAGGAGAAGAAGCCUAAGGUGGCCCAGCCAGCAAAGCAGACCCAGCAGAAAAAAGCACCAGCUAAAAAAGCGAACAGUACGACCACAGCCAACAGGCAACCCAAGAAAAGCGGCAAACAGGCAUCAGCAACCUACGAUUCGGAGGAGGAGGAGGAGGGUCUGCCCAUGACCUACGAUGAGAAGCGCCAGCUCAGCUUGGACAUCAACCGCCUACCGGGCGAGAAGCUGGGCAGGGUGGUGCACAUCAUCCAGUCGCGGGAACCUUCCCUCAGGGACUCCAAUCCUGACGAGAUAGAGAUAGAUUUUGAAACCUUGAAGCCCACCACUUUGCGGGAACUGGAGAGAUAUGUGAAGUCUUGUUUACAGAAAAAACAAAGGAAACCGUUUUCUGCGAGUGGGAAAAAGCAAGCAGCAAAGUCUAAAGAGGAGUUAGCUCAGGAAAAGAAGAAAGAGUUAGAAAAACGGUUACAGGAUGUCAGCGGGCAGCUAAACAACAACAAGAAACCUGCGAAAAAAGAAAAAUCGGGCUCUGCUCCCUCCGGAGGCCCUUCCCGUCUCAGCAGCAGCAGCUCAUCAGAAUCCGGAACCAGCAGCUCGAGCGGCUCCAGUUCAGACAGCAGCGAUUCGGAGUGAACGACGGACACUUAAAAACAAAACACAUGGACACGGCCCACACCAAUACUCUGCAGUGUUCCCUUCUCUGGUUAACAUACUGCUCUUGUACCAUGGUGGUCAGGUUUUUUUCUCUUUCUUUUUUAAUUUUUUUUCUUUAAAUCCGGCGUUAUAAAAUAUCUUCCCUUCCCCUCUCCCUCUGCCCGCCGCACCCCUUGCUUUUUAAUAGAUCAAAGAUCCUUUUACGCACGCGUGCAUGUGACACUAGACUUUAUGACGAGUAGGUCACUCGGCCUAAAGUCUCUAAAUAUUUUUUAACUGAGAACAGUCACUUGGAAGUGACUACAACUUUGAACUCCUAACGUGAGGUCCAUUGAGAAAUCAGCAAGGUGUAGUAUACAGGUUUCUUUUGUUGUUGCUUUUUAUUUUAUUUUAAUUUUUUGGGGUUGAUUUUAGUUUGUUCUGUUUGGCAAAGUUCUCUUUUAAUGUACCCCAGCCUGGCUCACUACGUCACAAGGAAAAAAAACACAUUUUUUUUAAAAAGAGAAAUCUCUGUAAAAUGGUACUGUAUCUGAAAGAUGUUAGCUUUUGAACUAGUUGGUGUAUUUGUUAUUAGCACUAGUAUUCUUAAUCUCCAAGUCUACAGUGUGAUGAAAAUGUCAGACGCUAUCAUCUUUUUACAUGGAAAAAAAAACCUCAUGUACUGUGGAUUGUUAAAAUGUAUUUUUUUUUGUUGGGGUGGGAUAUAGAGGCUUAGGCAUCAAAUCAGGAAGGCAUUUAAGCAUGUGCAGAGCUUUUGAACACUUGAGCAGCUGAUUUGGUUGGAAUGUUUUUUCUGCCUUGAAAAGUCCCAUGUGUUGUCCUAUGGUGGUAGGGAAGGAAAUAUUUUUCGAUGGGUCUAUAUGAUGUUUUUUGUUUGUUUGUUUGUUUUUUACCAGAAAAAAAGAAAAAUCCUUUUCAAGGAAAGGCAGUGGACUCCUUGCAAACGGUAAUUUCACCAAAACCCAGGUUCCCGUUGCAAAAUUUAUAAGCAACAGUAGCAGCCCAUACAUGACUAUAGCAGUGAACAAUACAACUCGUGCUCAAAAUCAGACAUAUGCUUAAAUACCUUCUCCAAAUCAGGGGCCUUAGACUGGGUUUUAUAAUGGGGGCGUUACAGCUUCAGCCCAGGCUAAGCCACUUGGGGAAUUGGGGAGGGGUGUCAAAUUCUUUUUUUUUUUCCUAUCAUUUUAUCGGCAACAAGCUCCUGGGAGGGAACACUAUACUUCUGUGUCGUGCAGGGUGCAGGUUUCCAAACACUGAAACUUUUACCUCAAGGGAAAAAAGAAAAAA